UUCUGUACAUUCUGCAGCCCCAACAGGGGCGUCAUUGCUGGAGUGGGUUGGAGGCGGUCAUGUGAUCAAUCACAUGAUCCAGAGUUGAGUAACUCUUUUCCUUUGGAGCAGUUUUUGAGUUGCAGCUACUGCAGUGUGACAGCCGGCGGCUCUGUUUAGGGUUACAUACUCUGUCCCAUGUGUGACAGCCAUGGCUGAACGGACGCCCUUACUCAAUUACCGACUCUACACAGCGCCCGAGCCCGCCAGCAGCGGAGGCGGCAGCCGAGCCAGGAACGCGGGUCAGCAGCCCCCGCCCAAGAAGCUGUCAACUUUCUUCGGGGUCGUUAUCCCCACUCUGCUGUCUAUGUUCAGUGUGGUGCUCUUCCUGCGGUUAGGUUUUGUUGUUGGUCAAGCGGGACUGUAUCAGAGUAUACUCAUGUUCAUUGUGGCAUAUUUCAUCAUAAGCAUGACUGUACUGUCAGUGUGUGCUAUUUCCACUAAUGGAGCAUUGGAUGCUGGUGGAGCCUACUAUAUGAUCAGUCGAGCAUUGGGUCCAGAAUUUGGAGGCAGCAUUGGAAUCAUGUUCUUCUUUGCAAACAUAUGUGGGAGUGCUCUCUAUGUCUUGGGACUUGUUGAGUCUAUAGUUGACAUUUUUGGAUUUCCACCAACAGGGCAAACCACAAGCAGCACUCAAGUGCUUCCUCAGUCCUACUGGUAUGAACUUCUCUAUGGCACAGUCGUUCUUCUCCUCUGCCUUCUUGUGUGCCUGGUUGGAGCUGACAUCUAUGCAAAAGCCUCCUUCAUAAUCUUCCUUAUUGUUAUCCUGGUGCUUGGCACGAUAUUCAUCAGCUUUUUUGCAGUGUCGCCAAAAUCAAUUAACAUUACAAUGUCCUUGGGGAACACCUCAGAGGCUUCAUUCACUGGAUUUAAACUGUCAACUCUGAAGAGUAAUCUUCCACCUGACUACGUAGAAGAUUACACAACUGGCAAGAUGAUGAAUUUUGCUGCUGUAUUUGCGGUUAUGUUCAAUGGAUGUACUGGCAUUAUGGCUGGAUCCAAUAUGUCAGGUGAUUUAAAGAACCCCAGCUAUUCUAUUCCCAGAGGCACUAUUACAGCAGUAAUUUUUACAUACAUCAUAUAUAAUAUUUUAUCUCUCAUGAUCAGCUGCACUUGUGAAAGAUUGCUGCUUCAAAAGGAUUAUGAUUUCCUCAAAGACAUUAAUGUCUGGCAUCCCUUUGUCAUAAUUGGAAUCUACUCUUCAACUUUAUCAGCUGCGAUGAGCAAUCUGAUUGGAGCUUCCAGAAUUCUUUAUGCACUUGCAAAGGACGAUAUAUUUGGAAAGCUUCUCAUGCCUGCUAAGAAAACUUCGCGAGGUGGAAAUCCUUGGGCUGCUGUACUGAUCUCAUGGGUGUUAGUGCAGCUUGUGUUGUUUACUGGCAAAUUGAAUACAAUUGCUGGGAUAGUGACCAUCUUUUUUCUUUUGGUCUAUGCUGCUAUGGAUCUAGCCUGUCUGGCAUUGGAAUGGGCCUCCGCACCAAAUUUCAGGCCAACCUUUCGUUACUUCACCUGGUAUACUUGUGUGUUGGGGAUCAUUGGCUGUGGGAUCAUGAUGUUCCUGAUUAGCCCAAUAUAUGCGUCAAGUAGUAUUGCAUUCAUGCUGAUAAUGUUGCUGGUCCUUCACUACGUAUCACCUUCAAGCAGCUGGGGUUACAUCAGCCAAGCUCUAAUCUUCCACCAGGUUAGAAAGUACCUUCUGAUGCUAGAUGUUCGUAAAGAUCAUGUCAAAUUCUGGCGCCCACAAAUUCUGCUGAUGGUUGCCAAUCCCAGAACAAGCACUCAACUGAUAAGUUUCACAAAUGACCUAAAGAAGAGUGGAUUGUUUGUGCUGGGUCAUGUGCAAAAAGGAAAUUUGGAUGAGAUGCCUUCUGACCCUCUUCAAGCUCAGUAUGAUUCCUGGCUAAGCUUAGUUGAUGCACUGAAUGUGAAAUCAUUUGUCAGCCUUACACUGUCUGAUUCAGUACGUCACGGAGUUCAACAUCUUUUAUUCAUCUCUGGUCUAGGUGGAAUGAGACCCAAUACGCUUAUUCUUGGUUUCUACGAUGACUGUGUUCCGGAGAAUGGUUUGCAACAAAUUCCAGCAUUUACAUGCAAUAGCUCUUCCACCCUGAAUGAACAAGAUUGCAGCUUACAGCCCAAUUUUCCACCAGCCAGAAAUGCUUCAUCUCCGAAAGCACUGUCAGGCAAAGAGUAUGUGGCCAUUAUUUCUGAUUCCAUCAAAAUGUUAAAAAAUGUUUGCCUAGCCCGAUACUUCUGCCAACUAAACAAAACAGAACUAUUCAGUCGCAAGAACUGUGAGGUUUCCAUUGAUGUGUGGCCACUCAAUCCGCUUCGCCCUGACAGUGCUAAUUACGUUGACACUUGCAGCCUGUUUCUGUUACAAAUGGCAUGUAUUCUUAACAUGGUGCGCUCCUGGGGGUCGGCCAAACUGCGUAUUUUUCUGUGUGUUGAAUCUGGAAACAGUGUUGGGGAGCAGGAUAAAAAGCUAAAGCAGCUUUUAAGCCAGUUGCGCAUCAAAGGUUCGAUUAAAACUCUGCACUGGGAUAAUGUUGCUGCCCUUCACUGGCACAAACAGAUGGUUCAAGAAGAUAGCAGUGAGGGCAAUUUUGCAAAUACCUUCCCAUCAAAUGCAAUGAAAAUCUCAGAUGACUACUUGAUGGCUGUAAACAGGAUGAUUUUAGAGCAGGGUGCCCAUCCAGCUAUCCGAUUUCUAUAUCUGCCAAGGCCUCCUGCUGACAUUACACUCCAUGAAAGAUAUUUGGAGCAACUUGAUAUCAUGACCAAAAACCUAGGACCCACUCUGUUAAUUCAUGGAAUUAGUGCAGUCACCAGUACAGAUCUCUAGAUCAUCCAUUAAAUCCAUUAAUUGUGGAGGUUAAGAACACUACCAUAUAUAGUAGUUAAUAUGUUGCAAACAAAGAGGUAAAUUGGAAAAGUUUGUUACAUUGAAAAAAGCCUAAUUAUACAACAGAUCACAUUUAACCUGAGCAAAAGCAUUGAGCUGCGUUGCUAUAAAACUCGUGAGUUUAAUGCUGUUUUCUUUCUCCCUUCUUAUUUUUUCACACUCUUCUCAAAAAAAGGCAGUGGUGUUAUGUUGUUACCCUAUCCAUCCACACUUACAACACCUUGUUGGCUAAAAAAAAAACCUUAGAAGCGUUGACUUCUUUCAAAAAUGGGCUUUGGACUUGUCAACAUAUCUGAGUUACGGGUAAAUGGUUCUGUUUCACUUCCAGAACAUGCAACAAAACAAAAAUCAUGCAGAUUUUAUUCACUUUUCUCAGUUCUUUCCUUCAUCAAAUGUUGAGUUCAUAUGUGGACCAUCUAUGUUUUAUAUAUGUGUGAAGGGAUAUUUGAUCUUGGCGACAAUAAUCUGAGACAUUUAGUUGACCCAUUGCUAAAUCUGCAGGUAAUCUCAGAUGGGAUAUUGUUGUUAUAGAAAUCAUGGUAGGAAUAUUUUGUGAUAUGACAAAUACUAAGUUUAUUGUUUGGAAAAUGGAUCGAAGAUUUGGUAAGGACUCAAAACACAUAUUUAACUGUGAACAAACAGUGCUAAAUUUAAGAAUAAUGCCUCUUUGUCUAUAUUUAAAUGGUAUUUUGAGUGUUUAAUAUUUUUGCCAUAACAUUUUGAUUGUGUUUCUAUUACUUUUUUGUAGGAAGUUUGUUGUGACCACCCCUCAAAUGAUAAGUUACAUUUUUUAGUCUGUUCUCCAACUCCUCAGGCUGGAUUAAUGUUGGGAACGGGGUUCUCGCCCACCAGUUGCAGAACUGAUGGAAAACCCGCGUCGCUUCAUGGGGAGCCCUGACCAAAUGAAAUAAAAACAGAAAAUGCUGGAAAAACUCAGCAGGUCUGGCAGCAUCUGUGUAGAGAGAAACAGAGUUAACGUUUAGAGUCCGUGUGACUCUUUUCUGAACAAAUGAAGUGUGUGUCAGGCUCUUAAAUGGCCAGCAUCAGGAUUUCCCUGGGUUUUAGACCUUUGGAGUUGGAAGCCCCACCCCUCCAACCCCGGAGAGCUACCAGCCAAUCAGAAGCCAGCAGCUCUCCGUUGCCAGCAAUGUCACCAGAAGCGGGGACUCGGGUGAGUGAGUUCAGGCAAGGGUGGGUUGGAGGCAAGGGCAAUUGGAUAGAUUUUGCUCCCAUGCCGGGUUCCUCAAUUAGACGCUGCAUGCCUGCCAAUGAGAG